GAGAUUCUUUCUUUGAGCUCUCUUCUUGGACUAAGCCGUUGCAACUGGAGUACAUCUGUAGGUUAUUCUCUUAACCAUCAUCCCAGUUCUCCGUUCAAUGCCUAACACUGGGGAAAGUGAAGGCGCCAAGGUAUCUGCUAGGACUGAUCAGGAGGCCCCAUCACGGGCCCCGGCCAGAGAGGAUGAGCGUGAGCGCAGCUUCCUGAGUCCGAUGACGCGUGAUGCGCUGCGGGUACGACGGGCCUCCAGCGCAGAGCUCCAGCUUCCAUGGACCUGCCCUGUAACACACUCCCGAGAGAAGUUCUACACCGUCUGCUCGGACUAUGCGCUGCUCAACCGAGCCCGACCCAUUAUCACAUCUGAAGAUGCGCCACCGACCAAUCCAGACACCACAUCAUUAGUCAAGACCAACGCUGCAACCCCUUCCCAGAGUCACUCAGGGGGAAUAAGUAUGUCUUUAGAUGGGAACUGUGAUAUGGAGGUUGUGUCAUCCAGCAACAAGCCUGUGCUGGCCUGGGAGAUUGACACCUCUGAUUUUGAUGUGGUUUUAACACGGAAAGCCAGAACAAGUAAUUUAAAGAAAUUCAACUCUAAGAAAAUGAAAUCAUCUGACAGGCCAAGCAGAAACCUGCAAGAUCUCCCACCACAAGCUUCUCUGGAGGAGAUCAAACAGAGAAAAGUCUUGGACCUCCGUAGAUGGUACUGCAUCAGCCGCCCCCAAUAUAAAACAUCAUGUGGAAUCUCCUCACUUGUCUCUUGUUGGAACUUUCUCUACAGUACUUUAGGUGCAGGCAGUCUCCCACCUAUGUCUCAAGAAGAAGCCCUGCACAUACUUGAUUUCCAGCCUCCAUUUGAAGAUAUCAAGUUUGGACCAUUCACCGGCAAUGCCACUUUGAUGCGAUGGUUCAGACAAAUCAACGAUCAUUUUCGUGUCCGGGGUUGCUCUUACAUUCUGUACAAACCUCAUGGGAAGCACAAGACAGCAGGAGAGACAGCUGAGGGGGCGCUGCUGAAGCUGACGCAGGGACUUAAAGACGAAUCCAUGGCCUACAUUUACCACUGUCAGAAUCACUACUUCUGUCCUGUGGGCUAUGAAGCCACACCACUAAAGGCAGCCAAAGCAUACAGGGGGCCACUGGCACUUAAUGAGAUGGAGCACUGGAUACUUAUUGGUGAACCAAGCAGGAAACACCCUGCAAUCCACUGUAAAAAAUGGGCAGAUAUUGUGACAGAUCUGAACACUCAGAAUCCAGAAUACUUAGACAUUCGCCACAUAGAGAGAGGCAUUCAGUAUCGCAAAACCAAAAAGGUUGGAGGCAAUCUGCAUUGCAUCAUGGCCUUCCAGAGAGUCAACUGGCAAAAGUUGGGACCGUGGGCACUGAAUCUGGAAAAUCUGAGGCAUGAUCUCCACCAUCAGGCGCCAGAACACAGAGGUCAAGCUGCGACAGAGGACGGUUCUGAGGAGCGAGCGAUGAAACGCCUGGGUAGGUCCCUCAGUACGGGGAACAAGUCUGACAAUGCCUGGAAGCGUUUGUCCAACACAGCAGAGUACAGGCACAGAAGUUCUCCAGACAGUGACCUAGAUGAAGACACAACUGACUAAAUCUAAAGUGUCCAACCCUCCUCCUAAAGAGCCCAUUGGGUUUUCAACCAUUUUAAACAAGGAUAUUUACCUUCCCAGGUUGUUAGCAACAGUACAAAAGUUAGAAUUACAUAUCAUAGAUGAAGUUGCAAGCCAAAUGGUGUGGUUAAUGCUCUGGUAACCAUAAGGAAGAAGCCAUAAGCUUUUGUGGAGGACAUCCCUGUAAUGUCACUAUUUUACAGCUAUGUAAAACAAAUUCCACAGCCCUCAGAAAUGUGCCGUUAAAUUAAGUUUAAAAAUACUUCACAAUGGCUCUCUCGCCAAGACGUUGAGUCACUUCCUGUAGGUCAAAAUGCUGCUUUCUUUAAACUUAUUGUGGAUAAAUGAAUCAUUAAAUAAAUGUGCAGUUAACUGCACUAAAGGUGUGGUCACAUGUACCAUUGUUAUGCAGGUGAAAUCCAGCAAUUUCAGUAGGAAUCCACACAAUCUGGAAUUUCAUGUAAUUGUGAAAGAUUUCCCCGGUUUUUACAGUUGGUCACACCAUGUUGACCAACAGAAAGCUGCUUGGUUUGAAAGUGAUAGUGCUUCAUAUAUUGCUACACUAUACACAGUGGACAAUUUGUGACUGCACCUUAAGUGUACCAAGAACAUGAAGCGAAUAUUUGAUUUUCAGAUCAAUAGCAUCAUUCCAUUUGAGUUAUAUGCUAUUUGGUGGAUUUAUAUGCUAUUGAUGGUAGAUCAUUGGAGUGAAGUAUGGACUGAAAAAUUAUUCAUUUGCAUAAUGUGCUUGCAGAAAACUCAACA